CGAAAAAGUCAACUCGAUACCAUUCUCUGGUGCAGGUUUCGAUCAGAAGAAUCAGAACAGUUCGAGAGGGAAACGAGUAGAGAGUGAAAGUGAAAAGAUGGAGGGGAUGGUAGCGAGGGAGUACGGAUACGUGGCUCUGGUGCUCGUCCUCUACUGCUUCCUCAACUUCUGGAUGGCUGCCCGAGUUGGCAAGGCUCGCAAGAAGUACCAGGUAUUUUACCCGACCCUCUAUGCCUCCGAAUCCGAGAACAAGAACGCCAAGCUCUUCAACUGUGUCCAGAGAGGGCACCAGAACUCGCUGGAGAUGAUGCCCAUCUUCUUCGUGCUGAUGAUAGUUGGGGGGCUGAGGCACCCUUGCGCUUGCGCUUCUCUCGGAGUCCUUUACGUCGUCUCUCGCUUCUUCUACUUCAAAGGCUACGCCACUGGCGAUCCCCAGAAGCGCCUCACGAUCGGGAAGUACGGGUUCUUGGCCAUCCUGGGGCUGAUGGUCUGCACCAUUUCCUUCGGAGUCGGCCUUCUUCGCGGAGGCGAACCUCGCACCAUGUUUUAGACUCUGUCUCCUCUCUUCUGUUGUAGUCGUCUUGUACUCUUUGUCGACGGAAGAUGUUUUCAUUUGGAUUUUGCUUUGUCUUGGCAUGUUAACGAGAGGGAUGGAACAAUAAUAACAGUUUGAACAUCAGUUUGAACCGGUCCUCAUGUAGCUUUUUGGGAAGAUGUAAUGAAUGAGACGAGUUUGGUUUUU